AUGAAGCGAGGCUGGGUCCUGCUCCCUGCUGUGCUCCUGUUCCUUGCUGGAGGAGUGGGAGAGCAGCUUUCUGGCCCAGAAAAAAACUAUAUUUAUGGCAACAUAGGACAUCCAGUGAAAAUCUAUGUAAAAAUGUACCAAAACAGCCCAUUUCUUGCCUGCAUGGAUAAUGAGCUUUCUCAAACAGAAAUAAUAGACCCCAUAGCUUUGUGGAUAGGACCAAAUGGAAAGCAUUUGAAAGAGACGAAUCAUACUAACUUAACUCCAGCAGGGAAGCUGAUGAUCACAAAUUUUAGAGAAUUUAUGUCUGGAUCUUAUGUAUGUAUUCUUACUUAUAAACUUGUCAGUGAAGAAACACAAAAAGAACAAGAGAUAUAUAACACAUAUACAUUUAUGAUAUUUGGAUACCAGGAACCUGAUUAUGCAUAUCAGAUGGCUGUACGGUUUACCACAGAUUCUUGUAAUGGAAAAAAAAAUUCUCAGUUCUUCCAAUUGCUGACGAAGAUGUUGGAAGAAAUCGUGUUUGAUUUGACAUGCCAUAUUGAAGAACCAUCAUAUAAAUGUCAUUUGCUUGAAAUUCCAAAACACAAAUUAAAGGAUCAGAUAUUUAUAGCCUUUAGAGUAAGACCUUUCCCAGCAGGGGUGAGAGAAGCUUGCAGAAAAGUUCUCAACUGUGAAGAAAUCACUAACAAUAAAGUUCACCAGGCAAGAAAUCGCAUAGAGGAAUUCUUUCUCCAACAGACAGUUGUUCUGGAAAAUGAAUUUAACUUUAUACCAAAUAUCCAUUAUAUUGACCACAGCUUUAAAGUUAUACGCAUUGACAGCUGUCGACCUGGCUUUGGGAAAAAUGACAUUCUACACAGUGACUGUGCUAGCUGCUGCGUAGUUUGCGAUCCAAGAACAUAUAGUCCUGACAUGGAUGUAAAUUGUCAAGCCUGCUUAACUGUCCACAAAUAUGGAGCUAAAAUUUGCCCUUAAACCAAAACCCAAAACUGGAAAAUUGAAGAUGAAAGUUAGCACAGCUGCAGCUUUGUGAAAUAAAGCCCUGAAGAGGCAAAGAAGCCACGUCUUGUGAUGCCAGAGGAAGCCGGAACUGUGGCAGCAUCUUGUGUUCAGCAUCUUGCUCCCUCGAGUGUCAGGGGAGAUCGCAGGGGCACUAGGUGAAUUCUCAGAAGUCCCAGGUCAUAUGGCUGCCAUCCAUCAGAAUAGUUACAGCUGAACAGAUUUUUUGUUUUUUCCUUUUAUUUUUUGCUGCUCCAAUAGUAUUUUCUGAAACCACUGAAUUAUUAAUAAUAAACUAUUACAACAUGU